AUGGCAUCUGGUAUCCUGCAGCUACCGUUUAGACGGUCUCACAAUGUUUCCCUCUCCGAUGCCAUGAAACAAUACAUUUCUACAAAAUAUGACCAGCACCCGGACAUGUUUGCGGAGGAUUUCAUAAUCAUAGACCAGAUGCGCUCAGAUGCUAUCAACCUACAGGAGCCUCACGAAAGCGGGAUAGCUAGGCUUGUAGUAUAUGCCGCGCAGCUGAAAUGGAUUGGCGGAAAGUUCCCUAUCGAUGUUGGUGUGGAAUUUCCAUGGUACCCGGCCUUUGGAUUCAAUACAGGACGACCGGUAUCCCAGAAUAACCUCCGCUUCGAGCUUGCCAAUAUACUCUUCAACCUUGCUGCGCUUUAUUCACAGCUUGCCGUCUCAUUGAUUCCAGCCAACUCGGACACCCUGAAGGUGGCAUGCAAAUAUUUCUGUCAGGCUGCCGGUGUUAUUGAACAUAUAAGAACAGAUAUACUACCAGACCUACGAACCUCACCUCCGGAAGACAUGGAUGAAAUGACACUGAGAAGUUUAGAAGAGCUACUUCUUGCUCAAAGUCAGGAAUGUUUUUGGCAAAAGGCAGUGAAGGAUGGGUUGAAAGAUGCCUCAAUUGCACGGCUAGCCGCCAAAGUCUCCGAUUACUAUAUCAAUGCUGGGGGUUAUGCUGUAAAAUCCAACAGCAUAAGUACCGAUUGGAUACAUCAUAUGACAGCCAAACAUCACCAUUUUGCCGCCGCUGCUCAAUACAGGCAAUCACUUGAUUGUUUAGAGAAGAAAAAGUAUGGCGAGGAAGUUGCGCGAUUGAGAGAUAGUCUGUUGUGUACUAACGAGGCGCUGAAGGAAAAGAGGUGGAUCAACAAGGUGGUUCUAAGUGACCUUAACGGAUUGAAAUCCCGAAUCAGUGAAGACUUGAAACGAGCUGAAAAGGACAACGACAUGAUAUACCUGAACCAUGUUCCUCCCAAGUCGGAGCUGAAGCUCCUGGAUAGAGCUAACAUGGUCGCCGCUAAAGCUCCUGCUGAAGUGAUAAACGGGUUGUCCAUGAUCGGAGAGGAUGCUCCUCUUGGUCGUGCCCUAUUUGCGAAACUGGUACCUUACGCUGUGCACGUUGCGGCUAGCAUUUAUGCUGAUCGUAGAGACCGCCGAGUCAAUGAGACCAUUGGCGAGCUGGAAUCCAUGACAACGAAGCUCCGAGACCUGCUACAAUCGUUGAACCUCCCUGGGUCCCUCCAGGCACUCGAAAAGCCUUUGGGUCUUCCACCCAGCCUAGUCUCUCAUGCAGAGGAGAUUCGGCAGCAAGAUGGGCUAAACCGUAUUUUAACGUCGUUGGAUGAUACCUCAAAACUGAAAGCAACCGACAAGGCUACUUUCACUGAGGCAGUGGAACUUUUGAACGCAGAAAAGGAAGAAGAUCAAAGAGCUAGGCUCAAGUUUGGUACUGAUCGUUGGACUCGAGAGACAUCAGAGAAGGCAGCUCCAAAUCUAUAUGCGCAGACUGCUGAGAUAGAGGGUUACCUCUCAUCAGCCAAUACCAGCGAUAAUUUCAUCCAGAGCAAACUAAACGAACAUGGCCGAGUGCUGCAGGUUCUGGCUGGGACAAAUAGAGACUUGGAGGCAUUUGUACCCAGCAGUCGAAGACCUGUGCUGUCACCCCAGGUGGGACGUGAAAUAAGCAGACUACGAAGUGCAUUGAACGAAGUUACGCGACUUGAAAAUCGACGUAAACAUUUGAUUGAGGACUUGCGAGAGACCUCUCAGGCGGACAACAUCAAUUCUGCACUCCUUGAAGAAACAGGACGCUUAGAGCGCGAGUUCCCCAUGCAGAAGAUCCAACCCAGCCAGUUCGAAGGACUGUUUGAGAAACACCUUCGUCGCUAUGAUAGUGAUCGGAAUAUGCUUGCCGAAGAGCAGAGGAAGCAAGAUGAACUAGGAGAUCAGCUUCGAGAAGCUAACAAGGCAUUCACGGCUGCACGUAGAGGCGACUCUUCAACUAAAGAGCGAGAGAAGGCGCUACAAGAUCUAGAGAUCGGAUACUUGAAGUAUAAGGAGAUCAUAUCGAACAUCGACACCGGAAGAAAGUUUUACAAUGAUCUAGCAAGGAUCGUGGGCCGGUUUAGAGAGGACUGCAAGAAAUUCGUAAACCAGCGAAGACUAGAAGCGAGUCGAAUGGAAACGGAUAUUGCCAACACCACCGCUAUGGCCGCUAUGAACAUUGCAGCCCACUCGCCUACAUCACAGCAAAUGCCUGCUCAGAACCAGCAUCAGCAGUCCUUCAUUAACCCUGCAGAACCACUGACGGCCCCUCAGCCGACCAGGGCGAACGUCAUGCCUCCACCUGCAACCAUGCCGCCUGUGGGCGGCGGGAUUUGGUCCCCCGAAGUAGGAAUCAAGUUUGCUCCGGCGCCCGCACCAAAUGCACAUGUUGCUCCGUAUCCGGAGUCUAGGACUGUCGUGGAGCCCUCGGGGUCAAGUUCAAGUAAUACAGCUGGCACGGGGACAGCAGCAGGAGUAUCAAAGCCCGGACACUGGGAUCCUACAAGGGGUCUGAGAUUCUCGUAG